AUGACUUCCAGUUCAUCAAAUGUCAGUCGUAAUGAAAAAAAUCGCCAAGACAAUGACAAAACGUUUAAAAACUUACUUGAUAAUAUUGAAAAAUUGAAUCCAAAAAAUUGGCCACUUUCGAAUGAUGGCCAAAUAGAUAACAUACAAUUUGGUGACUAUAAUAUUCGUAAUUUAUGUCAACAAUUUCAAAUUGAUGAAAAAAGCACUAUUCAAAGUUUUAGAAUUUAUAAAAUGGACUUGGGAAAAAAGGAAAUUCCAGAAGAUUUGAAACCCCUUUAUAAAUCAAUUGCAACGAUUCCAGUAUCGACUAGCGAAUGUGAACGAAAUCAUGUCACCACUAAGAACUUCUUUAAAUAUAAAAACUGUUGCUGCUCUUUUAUUUAUUAA